UAUCCAAUCAGAAGCGCCGAUUGGUGGAGCGGAAGUUCUUCGCCGGCCAUCUCUUACUUGCCUGGCCAUUGUGGUGAUACUGUCCUGUCAGCUGAGGGAGUCACAGGCAGCCGUUCAGGGUGUGCUGUGUGGCUGCCAACACCAAGACCAUUCCCACGGGCCUCAGGAAGCCUUGGGCUCAGAUAUGGACUGUCUAACCUUUGAGGAUGUGGCUGUGAACUUCACCCUGGAGGAGUGGGAUUUGCUGGAUCCAUCCCAGAAGCAACUCUACACAGAUGUGAUGCAGGAAACCUUCAGAAACCUGAUUGCUAUAGGACAAAUUGAGGAAGGCCAGAUGAGUAAAGAUGACGAUGAAGAUUCUAGGAGAAAUCUAAGAAGUGGACUGGUGGAAUUAUUGUUUAAACCCAGUGAAGGUAGACAAUGUGAAGAAAUCUUCAGCGAGUUCCCAGGUACUGUUAUGAGCAAGAAAACCUCUUGUGGAGUAAAACUGUGUGAAGACAUACUUAUUGGUCUCCCACCCCUAAAUAUGCACAUUCCUGUUCAACCGGGACAUAAAGGAUAUGAAUAUGAGAUAUAUGAAGACAGUCUCUAUAAAUUUAGGGGAGGUGGGAAAGCCUUCAUGUAUCCUGCCUGCUAUCUGAAGCAUGAAAAUACUCACACCAUGGAGAAACCGUAUAAAUGUCAUCAAUGUGGGAAAGCCUUUUCUUCUUCAAGUAAGGUUCGAAGACAUGAAAGAACUCACACUGGUGAGAAGCCCUACAUGUGUAACCACUGUGGGAAAGCCUUCCCUAGUCGUGGUUCCCUUCGCCGUCAUGACAGGAUUCACAGUGGAGAGAAACCCUUUGUGUGUAAGUAUUGUGGGAAAGCAUUCACUGGUCAAAGUUCACUCCCACGCCAUGAAAGAAUUCACAGUGGAGAGAAACCCUAUGUAUGCAAAUACUGUGGCAAAUGUUUCAUUUCUUCAAGUACCUGCAGAGUGCAUGAGCGGACUCACACUGGAGAGAAGCUCUAUGUUUGUAACCUGUGCAAUAAAGCUGUCACUACUCGUACUUCCCUUCGAAACCAUGAAAGAAUUCACAGUGGAGAGAAACCCUAUGUCUGUGAACAGUGUGGGAAAGGUUUCAUCUCUUCUGGUACCUUCCGGAUACAUGAGCGAAUUCACACUGGAGAGAAGCCCUAUAGAUGUAAGGAAUGUGGGAAAGCCUUUACUAUACAGAGUUCUCUUCAGCGCCAUGAAAGGAUUCACACUAGGGAAAAACCCUAUGACUGUAAGGAGUGUGGGAAAGCUUUCAGUGGUUACAGCUCCCUUCGACGCCAUGAAAGAAUUCACAGUGGAGAAAGACCCUAUGCAUGCAAGCAGUGUGGGAAAGCCUUUCCUGCUUUGGGUGAUUGUCAGAGACAUGAGCAAAUUCACACUGGUGAGAAGCCCUACAUAUGCAAGCAGUGUGGGAAAGCCUUCACUCGUUGUGGUUCCCUUCGAGUACAUGAAAAGACCCAUACUAGAGAGAAUUCCUAAGCAUAAAGUGUGGAAAGGACUUCUUACUGCAUCCCCUUUCUAUAAAAAAAAAGUUACAAUGUUUAGGGAAGAAAACAAGUAUCAAUAGAAAGUUAGGAGGGCUGACACUAGUCAUGUUGUUAAAUCAACAAACAUAAAGGACAAAGUAAGAAAGCACCCAAUAUCAAAACUUGUUCAGAAAGUUGACUGUAAGAAAUAGUUUUAAAAUCUGUGAAAUUCCUCAGGUAAUAGAGGACCAUAAAUGUACAUUAUAAAAGAUUCAAUGCAAAGUAAUUUAUAUAGAAUGCUCCAAAAAUUACAUAACCUGAAGGGAAGUGUCCUAAAAUUAUAUUACACUGAUUAGUUUAUUACUAAAAUAUUCAAACUAUUUAUUUCUAAGUUUAAGUCUUGUAAAUAAAUGGUGGCAUGGCAUAAUUCUAUGAAGUUUGCUUAAGCAAUGGAACAAGAGAAUAUUUUUUUUUAUCCUGUUUCCUACUAUUCUGAAGAAUUUUGGUUGUUUGAAUGGUAGAAUGGCCUUUUGAGAUGUAGUUAAAGCAAAUAUAUUAACAACAAAUGAGUUGGUACUAGCUGACAGUGCUAGGACAAGAUUCUCCAGGAUGAUGGAUGUACUCUAAAUUGGUGUCUCAUACAACUCUGUUUCUCUUAUGGGUCCAGGAAUCAAGGGGCAUGGGAUCAUCCCUUUAACUCACUAGCAAUUUUUUUCCCUGUUCUGUAGAUACUAUGGUUCCAUCAGGAGGAACACACACCCAUUCCUUUGAACUAGAAAUGAAGACACCCACCCAUUCCUUUGAACUAGAAACUAAGACAUCCACCCACACAUACCCACACCCAUUUACUCUGGGUUCCUUGUGCCCUUGAGUUAACUAAAAACCGUUACUGUCACUGGAGUGACAGAUCCACAUGACCAAUGGGGAAUGAGACUACCAUUCAGCAAUGGAGAUGUUCUGAUUACUUUUUGUCUACUUUACACAAGCUAGAGUUAUCUGGUCAGAGAAAUUGUCAUUAGAUUGACCUAUA